AUGUUCUCGUUCGCCAAGAUCGCCACCUUUGCUGUUCUUGCCUUCGGCACCAUUGCUUCGGCCAUCCCCUCCCCCGCUCCUGUAGCGGCUCCUGAGGCUGGCGAGCUCGUUACUCGCGCUUCCCAGGACAUCUCGACGAUCCUCACCAACCUCAACAAUGACUUGAAGGACCCUCUCGGCGAGCUCAGCGGCAUGACGGCAAGCACGGCUACCGUCGACAACGUCAACACAAGCGUUCAGAAGGUCAAGACUCUUGUUGAAACGGCGACUACCGCUAUCAAGAGCGCCAAGGGCAACGGUAACGGCAACCCGCUCAUGCUCAUGAGCACUACCGUCAAUGACGUUAUGAACUCCCUUAACAAGGCCCACAGCAUCAGCAAGGACAAGUCUGACGUUCUCGUAGUUAUCAAGAUCCUCGACCCCGUUCUUGCUGCCCUCGUCGCGCUCGUGCUCAGGCUUGCGGGAAACCUGCUCACCAUCAUCCUCGGUCUUGUUGUUGGCCUGCUCGGCGCCGUCACCGAGCUCAUCAUCGGCCUCGACUUCGUUCUCCUCGCGGGUGUGCUCCUGAUCUAA